UCGCCGCUUGUACCAGGACCGAUGCCAUCUGAGAUGCACGCGAUGCUGGCGACGCUGGCAAGGGUGGCAGCUCUGCGCAGAACCUGCCUCUUCUCCGGCCGGGGCGGCGGGAGGGGGCUGUGGACUGGCCGCCCGCAGUCAGAUAUGAACAAUAUAAAGCCAUUGGAAGGGGUAAAAAUUCUGGAUCUAACAAGAGUCCUGGCGGGACCUUUUGCUACUAUGAAUUUAGGAGAUCUUGGAGCAGAAGUUAUAAAAGUGGAGAGACCAGGAGCUGGUGAUGAUACACGAACUUGGGGGCCACCUUUUGUUGGGACAGAAAGUACAUAUUAUCUCAGUGUUAACCGAAAUAAAAAAAGUAUUGCUGUUAAUAUCAAGGAUCCAAAAGGGGUGAAAAUCAUCAAAGAGCUUGCAGCUGUUUGUGAUGUGUUUGUGGAAAACUAUGUCCCUGGCAAACUGUCUGCAAUGGGCCUGGGAUAUGAAGAUAUAGACAAGAUUGCUCCUCACAUCAUCUAUUGUUCCAUCACAGGGUAUGGUCAGACAGGUCCAAUUUCUCAGCGAGCUGGUUAUGAUGCUGUUGCCUCGGCUGUUUCUGGUCUGAUGCACAUCACAGGGCCUGAGAAUGGAGAUCCAGUUCGCCCAGGAGUAGCUAUGACUGAUCUUGCCACUGGCCUGUAUGCAUAUGGAGCUAUUAUGGCUGGAUUGAUACAAAAAUACAAAACUGGGAAAGGACUGUUCAUUGAUUGUAACCUACUGUCAUCCCAGGUGGCGUGUUUGUCUCACAUAGCUGCAAAUUAUCUUAUUGGUCAAAAGGAAGCAAAACGUUGGGGUACAGCUCAUGGCAGUAUUGUUCCUUACCAGGCUUUUAAAACCAAGGAUGGCUAUAUUGUAGUUGGAGCAGGAAAUAACCAGCAGUUUGCCACUGUGUGCAAGAUCUUGGAUCUGCCUGAGUUGAUUGAUGACUCCAAGUAUAAAACUAACCACCUUCGGGUACACAAUAGAAAAGAGCUUAUUAAAAUAUUAUCUGAACGGUUUGAAGAAGAACUGACCAGCAAGUGGUUACAUCUUUUUGAAGGCAGUGGAGUCCCAUAUGGCCCAAUCAACAACAUGAAGAAUGUAUUUGCAGAACCUCAGGUAUUACACAAUGGCCUCGUUAUGGAGAUGGAGCAUCCAACUGUGGGGAAGAUUUCCGUCCCAGGCCCAGCUGUGAGAUACAGUAAGUUCAGGAUGUCAGAGGCCAGGCCGCCUCCCCUGCUCGGGCAGCACACAACGCACAUCCUGAAGGAGGUCCUGAGAUACAAUGACAGCGCCAUCAGGGAGCUGCUCAGCGCUGGAGUGGUGGACCAACAUGAAACUCACUGACAAAGGAAAAGGGCUCUUCCUCGUAACCUCGAUCUGAAUACACUGGCAAAGGCAACACUUUGCUUGGACCCUUCUCCCCAGUUCUGAUACCACUAAAAAGAAGAUUUAGAGUAACUCCGGAUAUCCUACAUGGCAUCUCCAGAAUGGCUCUGGUAUUAAUGAAUCUAGUGCCUUUUAAAUGUACCCCACGUUUUGUUCCCUACCAUUUUUUUUUCAGAUGACGAUUUAAUUAUGGAUUUGUGGGAUUUUUAAAAAUAAAGAUUUAAAUUUUUUCCUGGAAAAAUGCA